AAUCUCUAUGGUGACUUCAUGGCACAUUUUAACCAGCAAGUCACUCAAAAUAGAACGGUGGACAUAGAACAUGUUUUCUGUAUCACACGUGAGCUACGAUGUCAGAGGGAAUCGAAUUUGAAGGCAAUGUAAUUGGAACAAACACAAAGACCGAUUUCCCAACAUAUGCCAAUGAAGAUGACGACAAGCCAAAACCAGCUUCGGUGUGUUAUCAGUGGUGGAAAAGACCUUCUGGAGUUGCUGCAGUGUGUCUGGGACUGCUGUGUGUUCUGCUUCUGGCUAGGAUCAUAGGACUGUCUGUCCACUUGAAAGUGUUUGGCAACAGCAACUAUUACGUCUUCAUGGAACAAAGGAACUGGGAAUAUGCAAAGCAGGACUGUCUGAAGCGAGGGGCACAGCUAGUCAUCAUAAACAACCAAGAGGAACAGAAAUUCCUCGUUUCAUUAAACAUACGUUUUUGGAUCGGUCUGUCUGACAUAGAGAAUAAGGGGACCUGGAGAUGGGUGGAUGGCACACCUCUGACUACAGCGUACUGGGGAGAAAAAGAGCCUAAUAAUGAGGGUGGAGGGGAGGACUGUGCCGAGAUUCGUCAUGUUUUUACUGAUCCUGUAAAGAAAUGGAAUGACAAUUCAUGUACCUCUCAACUUAACUGGAUUUGUGAAAAACCCAUUGAUUAACAAUACCUUCUUAUCUACAGUACAAUCAGAAUACAUUAAGACUGUACACAAACAAUAAACAAUAUGACAUUUAGCAAAUAUGUAUAUCCAUUCUGACUUUUACAGGCUUAUGUUUCAUAAGGACUACACCUCUUAUUUAUUCAUGUUUGUUUCCCACCGUGCACAUUGGUUUUAAACACAAUGGACAAAAAAUGACAAUAAUAUCUUAGCAUGCAAAUCUUUUGAUUCACCCUUUUAUCAUACAGUUGUUUUCAUUAGC